AUGAAGCUUGUCUCGCUCAUCUCUGCCGCUGCCCUGGCCUUGGGUGUUGUUGCCCUCCCGGCUCCGUCUGACGAGCAGACGCAAUGGGCCAACCCGCCUGACAUCAACAACGCGCGCUUCCAGGACCAGGUCCUCCGAGCCCACAACUGGAUGCGUGGCCCGCACUGCGCUCAGCGUCUCUACUGGGACGACGACCUAGCCCAGAAGGCUCUGGCCGGAGUCCAGAGCUGUACCCCUGUGAUGCAGCACUAUGACAUCGGCACCAACCUAGCUGGUUAUGGUCCUGCCGGGGACGAUCCCGAGCAAUACUACUACGACACCUGGAACAUCAUCGCCUACUCCUGGGGUACUGACGAAGAGGCCAAGUACGACUACAAUCACCCAGGCUUCUCUGACGCCACGGGCCAUUUCACUCAGGUUGUCUGGCGUGACUCUUCCCGAGUUGGAUGUGCUUGGAACGUCUGCCCCGCCGAUGUUGCCUACCAGGUUCGCUUCUAUUGUGGGUAUAGGAACCCCGGCAACGUCGCCCCCUUCUACCCGGACAACGUCUGGCCGCGCGUGUGCCCACCAUUCCCGGAGUUCACUCGCCGUGCCAUUGAUACUAGCCCAGCUCCUACCGCCGGCAGCAACGAUGGUCACUACAAAGCCUAGGCUUGGCCUCCGGUCCGCUAGUCUAUCCUGAGAGUACCCCACGUUCUUUCACGCCUUUCAAAUCCUAUCGUGCUUGGGAUUGGGGACGUGCUGGGUGCUGGACAUAGCGAUUGACGACUGCAUGAUACCCUCGUGGUUACGAGAGCAUGGUUUGUGAAGUCUUCACAAAAAUUUGAGGCAAUGAUUUCCUUUUCCAAUUGUGUAUUUCCUUCUUUAUAUACCCUUUCGGCUCGCUUGCGACUACAUAGGUAGCCUUGCGGCUUUUCAACACGGAGGUUAGACGGGGGGAAUACAUAGCGAAUGCAAUGGGUGUCCAC